AUGGGAUCUAUGGUGGCACAACAAGAUCAAAAGAGUGGGGAAGAACACGCGGUUUACUACUUAAGCAAGAAAUUGUUGGAGUAUGAAACUCGUUAUACCCCAUUGGAAAAGACAUGCACUGCUUUUGUUUGGACGACCAAGAGGCUAAGACAUUACAUGAUCGCACAUCAAAUCCGGCUCAUCUCAAGGAUGGAUCUGAUUAAGUAUCUCUUCGAGAAGCCAGCAUUGACAGGAAGGAUGGCCAGGGUAGAUUCACAGCUACCAGAAGACUCAUUCCCAUAUGAGGAUUUGGAAUAUGUGGAGGAAGAAGACAGUGAAGACUGGUGGCAAUUGUACUUUGAUGGUGCAGCCAAUCAGAGAGGAUAUGAGGUAGGAAUAUUGUUGAUAAGCCCAGUUGAUCUCUAUCUGCCGUCUGCAUUCUGGCUAGAUUUCUCUUGCACCAAUAACAUUGCAGAGUAUGAAGCAUGUGCAAUUGGUCUCAAAGCCACCAUGGCAUUAGAGAUCAAGAAGCUGAGAGUCUAUGGGGAUUCAUCAAUCGUGAUUUGUCAAACUCAAGGAAAGUGGAAGACAAAGGAUGAAAAGCUGAAACCUUACCAAGAACAAUUGGAGAGCUUGAUCAAGAGCUUCGAUGAAAUCACCUUCGAAUAUUUGCCGAGGGACAAUAAAAUAUUUGUCGACGCUCUAGCUACUUUGGCUUCAAUGGUUGAAUGCACUCUAGACACUUAA